CCUUGCUUGUAAAUGCACGCGCAUGGAACUCCAUUCUCACCUUGACUAUCAGAGGAGUUGCUGUGAGGCUUGUUACACGCAGCAGUAUUUCAGAAAGUUGUAUUUUCAAAGAUUUCAUUGAAGAUAUCAUGGCGAAUAAAUCAGGAAAAGCAAAGUCUAAAGUGAAAGUGAAAAAGUGAGAUUGAGACAGAUUUUUUGUUUGAGGAAUCUUUGAGUGUUAUGAUUCAAACAGGAACUGAGGAGCUGUUUCUGCAAGGACAGGACGUACUUCUGGACGGAGUGAUAGCGACUCCGACUGGGAGCCCCCGGUGCCAAGCUGCCCGCUCUACCUCUGCCCCCAGUGGUGUUCAUAUGCCACAGUUCAUUACUGCAGGCAUGACUGUGCCUUAGGGCCAAAAGGGCACAGCAUGGAGGCGUCGUUGUGUUCUGUGUCACAUGAACUGCACCACUUGUUCAGUUUGCCUUUGCUUUACAUCAGAAAUAGACUGCUAUGGGACGUGGCACAGGCAGCAAAAUAUUGUGUAGAGGACUUCCAAAGGGUGUACUGUUUUUAAAAAAUAUUUUUUUUCGAAUAUUUUUUUAAACAUUUGUUUUUGUGUGUGUUAGAAUUGCUUUUUGAUAUGUUGUAUAUAGUUAUUUGCACUGUUGUAUAUAGUUAUAGGUCAUUUCACCAAUUCGGCCACUUGGGUACAUUUGGGCAAUUUGUGUGGGACACCUGGGUGACUUCAUGCUAAAUGUCAUGUAGCUCACCCAUUCCUGAAGUUAACAGUUUGAAACUUUGCACACCUACAGUUGCCCUCUUGUGUUAUCCAUCAAAAUUAUCUCCAACAUCCUAUCUGACUGUGUGGCUAUUCUAGUACAUGUGAAAGAUGAUGCUACAAACGAUUUUCUUCCACCAGAUCUACUGUGUUGUAUUCUCCUACAUUCAAUUAACAUUUCCACAAACUUCAGAAUGUUUCCAUUCAAAUGAUACCAAGAAUAUGCAUAUCCUUGCCUCUGGGGCUGAGCUACAGGCAGUUCAAUUAGGGUAUAUCUUCAGGUGGAAAUUGAGAACAAGGGAUGCAGCCAAAAGAGUUUAAACACAUCUAAAUAUUUUUGAGAUUCUUCAAUGUAGCCACCCUUUGCCUUGAUGACAGCUUUGCACACUCUUGGCAUUCUCUCAACCAGCUGCAUGAUAAAUGCUGUUCCAACAGUCUUGAAGGAGUUCCCACAUAUGCUGAGCACUUGUUUGUUACUUGUCUUUCAAUCUGUGGUCCAACUCAUCCCAAACCAUCUCAAUUGGGUUGAGGUCUGGUGAUUGUGAAGGCCAUGUAAUCUGAUGCAGCACUCCAUCACUCUCCUUGGCCAAAAAGCCCUUACACAGCGUGGAGGUGUGUUUUUAUGUCAUUCUUCCAUUGAAGAACAAAUGAUAGUCCCACUAAGCGCAAACCAGAUGGGAUGGCCUAUCACUGUAGAAUGCUGUUGUAGCCAUGCUGGUUAAGUGUGCCUUGAAUUCUAAAUAAGUCACCAAAUGUGUCACCAGCAAGCACCAUCGCACCUCCUCCAUGCUUCACGGUGGGAACCACAUAUGCGGAGAUCAUCCGUCCACCAACUCGGUGUCUCAAAGACACGGCAGUUGGAACCAAAAAUCACAAAUUUGAACUCAUCAGACCAAAGGACAUAUUUCCACUGGUCUAAUGUCCAUUGCUCAUAUUUCUUGGCCCAAGCAAGUCUCUUCUUAUUAUUGGUGUCCUUUUACUAGUGGUUUCUUUGUAGCAAUUUGGCCAUGAAGGCCUAAUUCACACAGUCUCUGAACAGUUGAUGUUGAGAUGUGUCUGUUACUGGAACUCUGUGAAGCAUUUAUUUGGGCUGGUAACUCUAAUGAACUUAUCCUCUGCAGCAGCGGUAACUCUGUGUCUUCCUUUCCUGUGGCGGUCCUCAUGAGAGUCAGUUUCAUAGCGCCUGAUGGUUUUUGCGACUGCACUUGAAGAAACUUUCAAAGUUCUGGAUUGGCUGACCUUCGUGUCUUAAAGAAAUGAUGGACUGUCGUUUCUCUUUGCUUAUUUGAGCUGUUCUUGCCAUAAUAUAGACUUGGUCUUUUACCAAAUAGGGCUGUCUUCUGUAUACCACCCCUACCUUGUCACAACACAACUGAUUGGCUCAAACACAUUAAGAAGGAAAGAAAUUCCACAAAUGAGCUUUUAACAAGGCACACCUGUUAAUUGAAAUGCAUUCCAGGUGACUACUUCAGGAAGCUGGUUGAGAGAAUGCCAAGUUUGCAAAGCUGUCAUCAAGGCAAAAGGUCCUCUCUCUGCCCCGGCUGCAGCCGGUGUUGACCUGUCAGACAGCGAGUGGCCCCAUCGAGGACAUGGAGGUAGAGCAUGUAGCCCCGGAAGGCCCUGACGUGGCACCUGUGGAGGAGGAACCUCUCUUCACUAACUUGGACAUAUUCCUUUUUUCACUCAUUGUUGGCCUACUCAUCUACUGGUUCCUUUCUCGCAAGAAGACUGAGGAGACCAUCCCAGAGUUCAAGAGGCUCACCCCUGUAGUCACUCCGCAGCGAGAAACCAGCUUUAUUGAAAAAAUGAAGAAAACGAACAGGAACAUGGUGGUUUUCUACGGCUCUCAGACGGGCACGGCUGAGGAGUUCUGCGGCCGACUGUCCAAAGACGCACAGCGCUACGGAAUGAGAGGCAUGUCAGCUGACCCCGAGGAAUAUGACAUGUCGGAGCUGCCUCGUCUUGCGGAGAUCGACAACUCCCUGGCUGUGUUCUGUAUGGCCACCUAUGGGGAGGGGGAUCCCACAGACAACGCUCAGGACUUUUACGACUGGAUGCAGGAGAACGACGAGGACCUGAAAGGAGUCAACUUCGCGGUGUUUGGCUUGGGGAAUAAAACAUAUGAGCACUUCAAUGCAAUGGGAAAGUAUACUGACAAGAGACUAGAAGAGCUGGGUGGCAAGAGGAUCUAUGACCUGGGAAUGGGAGACGACGAUGGCAACCUUGAGGAAGACUUUGUAUCAUGGAAGGAGCAGUUUUGGCCUGCUGUGUGUGAGCACUUUGGGGUGGAGGCCACAGGAGAUGACACCAGCAUCCGGCAGUACGAGUUGGUGGUUCCAACUGACAUCAACAUGAAUAAGGUGUACACUGGGGAGAUGGGUCGCCUCAAGAGCUUUGAGACCCAGAAACCGCCUUUUGAUGCUAAGAACCCCUACUUGGCCACAGUGGCUGUCAACCGCCAGCUGAACCAAUCCGGCGACCGCCAUUUGAUGCAUCUAGAGCUGGACAUCUCAGGUUCCAAAAUCAGAUAUGACUCUGGAGACCACGUUGCUGUUUACCCCGUUAAUGACGUGUCAAUAGUGAACAGAAUAGGCCAAAUCCUGGAUGCCGACCUGGACACUGUUAUCUCUCUCAACAACCUCGACGAGGAGUCCAAUAAGAAGCACCCGUUCCCGUGUCCGACCACAUACCGUACAGCUCUGACCCACUACCUGGACAUCACCAACCCCCCUCGCACCAACGUACUGUUUGAGCUGGCCCAGUACGCCACCGACCCCAAGGACCAGGACACCCUGCGCAAGAUGGCCUCCGCCUCCCCCGAGGGCAAGGGUCUGUACCAGAGCUGGGUGCUGGAUGCUCAGAGGAACAUCCUGGCUGUGUUGGAGGACAUGCCGUCCCUCCACCCUACCAUAGACCACCUGUGUGAGCUGCUGCCCCGCCUACAGGCUCGCUACUACUCCAUCGCCUCCUCUGGCAAGGUGUAUCCCGACAUGGUGAGCAUAUGUGCGGUGGUGGUGGAGUUCCAGACCAGCACAGGGCGGACCUUCAAGGGUGUGGCCACCAACUGGCUGAAGAACAAGGUUGUGGUGACGGACAACGGCCACAAGGCCACUGUGCCCAUGUAUGUCCGCAAGUCCCAGUUCCGGCUUCCCUUCAAGGCCAGCAACCCGGUGGUGAUGAUCGGGCCCGGCACGGGCAUCGCCCCCUUCAUGGGCUUCCUCCAGGAGAGAGGCUGGAUGAAGGAGCAGGGGAAGGAUGUCGGCGAGACGAUACUGUACUUCGGCUGUCGCCGCAGAAACGAGGACUUCCUGUACCAGCAGGAACUGGAGGAGUUUGAGAAGGCGGGCGUGCUGACUCAGCUCAACGUUGCCUUCUCCAGAGACCAGGAAGGGAAGGUGUAUGUGCAGCAUCUCCUGAAGAAGAACAAAGAACAUCUGUGGAAGCUGAUCCAUACUGACAAUGCUCACCUCUACAUUUGCGGGGAUGCUCGGAACAUGGCACGGGAUGUGCAGAACACCUUCUAUGACAUCGCUGAAGAGGUCGGAGGCCUCACACACACUCAGGCUGUGGCCUACAUCAAGAAGCUGAUGACCAAGGGCCGCUACUCUCUGGAUGUGUGGAGCUAAAGAAGAUGAAGCUUACUUGCAGGACACCCUCACAACCCCCUAGAUGUUACCCCUCACCCAAAUGAAAUAGGUUAACGGUAAACACCUUUUUAAACAGUUUUUGGAGGUAACACGUCAGCACCUAAUCUCUAAAUGGAAAGACGUAUGUCUGAAUUUUUGUUGUCCUUAUUAUUGGAUUUGUUUGUAAUCUUACUGAAAGCCUUUUGUGGGGACUCGUACUGAGAAGUAUUGCUGUUAAUUUAGGAUUGUUUGGGAAUUGGCUCAUACUCUAACUUGACCCCUAACCCCCAGGUCUGUCAUGUAGAUUUGGUCUACAUUCUCCUUUUAAGGUUAUGGGGGAAAAAACAUCUCUAUUGUGGAAUAAAUCAAUAUAUUUUUUUUAUUAAGAGUGCAGGCAGACCUUCAUUGUUUCACAUCAGAUUAGAAAAGUUGGAGAUGAUAAUUUACAGUACCAGUCAAAAGUUUGAACACACCUCUACAUUGUUGAAUAAUAGUGAAGACAUCAAAACUAUGAAAUAACAUAUAUGGAAUCAUGUAGUAACCAAAACAGUGUUAAAGAAGAAUCUAAACUAUUUUUAUUUGUUUAACACUUUUUUUGGUUACUACAUGUUUCCGUAUGUGUUAUUUCAUAGUUUUGAUGUCUUCACUAUUCUUCUACAAUGUAGAAAAUAUUUAAAAUAAAGAAAAACCCUUGAAUGAGGAGGUGUGUUCAAACUUUUGACUGGUACUGUAAAUUAUCUCCAACUUUUGUACACGUUGUUUUUGGUAAGUGAAACUAGGUGAAAACAAACAGAGGUGAUUAUGAAAUUAAAUAUUGUGUCAGGACGUUUGUCAUGCUGUGAAGAUCCCCACAAGCAUUUUUUUUUUAUUGUAUAUUAACUAAUUUCAAAUGUAAAGCAUUCUAUAUUUUCCAUCUGUAAAUGUAUUUACAAAUUCAGAUGCUCUAGGAAAUUUGUGUAAACUUGUAGCGUAUUCAUGUUGUACCAUGUACUGUUAAAUUUGUACAUUUUAAAUUUCAGUAACUAUUUAGUAAUUGAGCCUUGUUCUUCAUCGGUUCAUUCAAGAAUAGGUCUUAGAUUAAGUGGUGGUCAACUGUAAAAAUGUCCAGGUGUUUUUUUUCUUCUUACGCUCUCUGACUUUAAGGCUUAGUGCCAACGAGUUACGUUUAGAUGGAAACUACCACAGCAUUUAGGCAAUGCAAUAUGUGUUGGUUAUAUGUGCACUUGCAGUACAAAAUGAAUCCGUCUACUAACUGUCAUUUAUGUGUGUUCUGAUAUCACUAAUUCUGGGAUGUGUACAGUAUACACUGAUUGUACAAAACAUUAGGAACACCUUCCUAAUAUUGAGUUUCCCCUGCCCUUUUGCCUUCAGAACAGCCUCAAUUUGUUGGGGCAUGGACUCAACAAGGUAUCAAAAGCAUUCCACACAGGGAUGCUGGCCCAUGUUGACUCCAAUGCUUCCCACAGUUGUCAAGUUGUCUGGAUGUCUUUUGGGUGGUGGAUAAUUCUUGAUACAAAUGGGGAAACUGAGUGUGAAAACCCCAGAAACGUUGCAGUUCUUGACAGUCAAACUGGUACACUUGGCACAUACUACCAUAUCCCAUGUAAAGGCACAAGUCUUGUAACUUCCCCAUUUACCCUUUAAAUGGCACACAAACAAUACGUGUCUCAAUUGUAGCAAGACUUAAAAAAUCCUUCUUUAACGUGUCUCCUCCCCUUCAUCUACACUGAUUUUGAAGUGGAUUUAACAAGUGGCAUCAAUAAGGGAUCAGAGACAGACCUGGUGAAUCCAGAUGAAAACUAUGUCAUGGAAAGAGCACAUGUUCCGAAUGUUUUGUACACUCA